UAUAAAUAUACACCAAGUAUCUGUUAAUCUGAUUAGUAUAAAAAAUGCGUCAUUGGAUAAGGGUGGCAAAUCAAAUUAUUAAGAACGGUCAUGAGAUAUUGUUCUGAAUGUAUUGUUCUUAGUUCGCAUUGAACGUAAUGUCGAGAAGAAAUGAUAUAAACAGCCGACCAUAAUGUCGCACGAGACUUACUUAAAACGGGGCACCUCAGUUCUUUAACAACUCAUUGUCACGCUAAUUUUAAAGACUCCACCCCAAAAGAGAGCUUACUUUGUAGAUGGCUCUUCGUUGGGGCAUAGCAAGUGCAGGAAAAAUAUCUCAUGAUUUUGUCAAUGCUGUGGGAAUAUUACCAGCAUCCCAACAUGUGGUUGUUGCAGUAGCAGCACGAGACCUAUCAAGAGCGCAACAAUUUGCCAGCUUACACAAAAUUAAAAAAGCAUAUGAUAGUUAUGCAAAACUAGCAGAGGACAAAGAUGUUGAUAUUGUAUACAUUGGAGCAUUGAAUCCACAACAUUUUGAAAUUGCGCAAUUAAUGUUGAAUCACGGAAAACAUGUCUUGUGCGAAAAACCUUUGACUAUGAAUCUCAAACAAACAACUGAAUUAGUCAAUUUAGCCAAAAAGAAGAAAUUAUUCCUAAUGGAAGCUAUUUGGAGUCGAUGCUUCCCUACAUAUGAAGCUAUUAAAAAAGAGAUUGAUUCAGGAAGUAUUGGAGAUAUUCAUCAAGUUAUUGUAUCAUUUGGAUUUCAAUUGGCAAAUGUUGACAGGCUCAAUCAGAAAAGUCUAGGAGGUGGUACCAUAUUAGAUUUAGGUGUAUAUGGAAUACAGUUUGCCUGUUUGGUAUUUAAUCAUGAUGUUCCUCAUACUGUAAAAGCUGCUGGCAUAUUAAAUAGUGACGGAGUUGACCAAUCUGUAUCUGCAACCCUACUUUAUGAUGGAAAUCGUACUGCAACUAUUGUUACUCAUUCCCUGGUUAAUCUACCUAAUGAAGCUUAUAUUGUUGGUACAAAAGGAACAAUAAAAGUACCACAAUUUUGGUGCCCUCCAACUGUAGAUCUACCAAGUGGCACUGUGAAUGCACCACUUCCAGAGGCUAAACAUAAAUUUAAUUUUAUUAACAGUGCUGGAUUGAGAUUUGAAGCUGAAGAAGCACGUAACUGCAUUUUAAAAGGUUUGAUUGAAAGUCCCAAAGUAUCGCAUGAUAUGUCUUUACUGAUUGCCCGAUUGGAGGAUGAAAUUCGACGUGAAGUUGGCGUUGUAUAUCCUGAAGAUUAAAGUACAUAUUACAGAAAAAACAAUAUUAGUAAAACUGAAAUGUUAUUAACAUUCCAAUAACGAAUAAACAAACUUUUACAUUGAUACACUUUAUAAUGAAAAUAAAUAAAGGAUGCAUAUGUUUCA